GCUAAAAUUUUAAAGCAGUAUCUAGUGUAUGCUUUCUUCAGCUGACAGUCCUAUAUUAUCAGUAAUCAUAUCCAAAAUAAAAACAAAGAGUAUCUCUAAAUGCAUAUAUUUUCAAUAUAAAUGUAGUCAUUAGAAGACAACAUUCCUGAGCAGAUCUGAUGUUUUCUUUUUCUAAGCAUACGCGCACACGCGCAAACACACUGACAAAUGAUCAGUAAAAAUGAAAACUCAUUAACGUUUGGCUGGAAAACCUGUUUCUCAUCUACAGUUGCCUACCUUGAGGACGUGACUGAGCUAAGAAUAUAGUCUGCCAACUAGUUACUGAACUAGAGCCAAGAGAAUUAUCUUUUUCUUCUUUUACAUUUUUCCCUUCUUCGCUUUGAAUAUGAAAAAGCACUAGCAGAACGGAGAAAACUAUUUGACCUGUAGAAGCUUUUAAUAUCACUGACACUUAUUCAACUGGUGCUUACAAAAAUCAUGAAUAAUUCUGAUGUAGAAAGUCAAAGGCACAAGAUUCCUCCUAUGAAAAGAUCGUGCAGUUCCAAGAGUAGCAUCAAAUCUAAGAAGAAAGAGCUACGCAGACAAAGUUUGGAUCACGACUAUACUCACUCGAUGGACUUGCUUACAGCUAAACCAAACGGAUUUUCGGAAGGUCAGGCUCAGCCCACCGAAGAAGAAGAGCUCACCAAGCAGACAAGUGCCAUCAAAGGGAUGUGGAAAAAGGCGUUUAAGUCUUUGAAAUCAAAUGAUAAACAGACAUGGUUGUCCAAGAGAGGAAGUUUGAUUAAAAGGAAAGAUUCAGAGCCUAGUGAGGAAACUGUUGAGGAACAAUCAAAUGAUAUAGAUCCUGUGUAUAGUUUACUCAAAUGUGCUGCCGAUCUUCCUAAAGUGCCAGCCAAAACACAAAAAGAAACCAUAGGUUGCCCUCACCUAAUCAAUAAAGGAGACACCAUGAGCGUCAGUAUAGGCAAAGCUUCAAACUCAACUUUCUCAGGUGUAGUACAAAGCUCAAGCUCAGCGUAUGCUAGUCAACAUAGUAUUGAAUCAAGUUCCAGUGGACAAAGAGCAACAUCACCCACUAGUAAUCGUGAACAAAUGCACCAUAUUGUGGAUGAAAGCUUGGGUCUAGAGUUCCGCACCUUCUACAGGUUGACUAGCCCAGUCAGAAAAACAAGUCAUGAUGGCCUAACGAAAAGACUUUCUCCUAACUCGAGUUUUGAUCAGUAUUAAUAUUUGUAUUUAAUUUCCUAUUUUACUGUCCAACAUCCUAAUUCCAAAAGAAUAUUUUCAAAACCGUUUUUAAGAACUAUACAGAGUAAACUUCGAAAAAAAACUGUAGGACAAGAAUCUUGUGUGAACUCUUUAGAUUAGCAAUUUCAAUAGUCUUUAAGACAUUCAAGUAACCUAAUGAUAUUUAGAAAAUCUUUUUGCUUGUGGGGUUUGUUUAAAAAAAAAUAAUUUUGGAAGAUAAACAGAAGAGAAAAAAGAAUACGGAAACGAUGAAAUAAAAUCAUCUGCAAAUGUGUUAUAUAUAUAUAUAUAUAUAUGUGUGUGUACGUAAUUAAUCUUUAUUACAUUCUGAUCCUUCAUCCUUUCGGAAGACGUAUAUUGUACCUUAGAAAAGUUUCUUCCUGGAGUUAGUUAAAAGAGUGUAGACAUCCAGCCCUUGCCAGCCGUAGGUACUGGGGAGCUUCCCCAGCGGGGUACGGGGCGGGACUCCAAGCACCAUUUCCAGUAUUUAAAACAAAAAAAAAUGCAUUAAGGUAUCUACAGUGCAUAAUUCUGAUUGUAUACAAUUUUAAUUCAAAAACCAAAUCUGUCAUUCACUGCACUUCAUUAAUGGAGCCCAGUAACUGCUAAAAAUUGAAUAUUUUCAUCUUCAUGGAAUAUGGUGAUAAUUUCGCUCUAGAUCUUAUAUUGAAAAGGGAGCCUUAUCGUCAAAACCAUCUGGGGGGGGGGUUAUACUAAAAACCUCUGGAGUUUUUUUAAAACAAACUCAAAACCCACUUAGCUACGCUCAUAAAAAUUAGUGAUUGUAGCUUGCUUUAGAAUAGUAUUGAAGAGGGACCUUAUGUAGGGGGUUUCGAGCUUAUAGUUCUCUGGAGGGUAAAAACAAAAGCCCCCUUGGCUACGCUCAUAUAAUUUAGUGUGUGUAAUUUUAUUUUGAAGACGUGGUUUUUAGUAUCGCACCCCGCUGGAGGAAGGGGGUAACCUCAAAGACCUCUUCAGGGGGGUUUUAAACUCCAAAUUCCCCUUGGCUAUGCUCAUGGAAUUCGGUGACUGUUUUUGUUUUAUGAAAGAGUGUUUUUUUUAACUCAAACCCCUCUGGAGGGCGAUUUUAAACUAAAAACCUCCUUGGCUGCGCAUGACAAGUAAUGGUUUAACAUUAAAAUCUCACCUAAAAUUUUGCGGGGAGGGGGCGAACCCUCAUGCCAGUGGUAGUCAGGCUGAUGAGUAGUAGAUCAAUUGGGCAUGUGGUAGUCUGGCUGAUCUUAUCUUAUAUAAUACAGACGUUACUUCAAAAAAGAAGAUGAUUACGUCCUACGCGUCAUGCAGUAGUAGUACUCAGAGACGUUGUCCAAGUUGUCCAAUGGAUAUUUAAUGUUUGAGGCCCCACUUCAAUUGUUAAUUGUCCGGUGUCCAGACAAUUUACUUUUAAAAAAAAGCACUUAGGCAGUAUGAGAACUGUCAAGUGGGGGACAACAAUGGAUUAAUAGCAAACAAUCUUCUCUAUAUAUAAUUCUCUUCUUCCCUCAACAGUUUGGACGAGAAGAAGUAAAGGAAAGAUCACUCUCUUAUUUCUGCGGAUAGUCCACGAGAAAACUAGAGUAGUAUUCACACUACGGAUGGCUGCCAGCGAGCUAGACUGUCGUUUAAAUUUAUCAAACCCUGCCCGCUCCCAUCUUGUCCUGCGAGAGGUUUGGACUAGGAACUAAUCUAAGUAAUCUACUAUGUAUAUAUAUAUAUAUAUAUAUAUAUAUAUAUAUAUGUAAAUAGCAGGGUCGGACUUAACCAUUGUGGGGCCCUAUGCAAAAUGGAUUUCGCGGGGCCAAGUUUGGGUAGGGAAGCGGAUAAUAAGUGAAAUUUAAGAGUUUGUAUUAGAAAAUAAAUUCGUCUAUGCAUUUUAUUCAUUCUUUACUACGUACAGUAUUACUUUACGAGCUUUGCGUGUAGCAAGGUCAUACAGUAUAUCAUAAUAAUUCUGUUUCCUACAUAGAUCACGCUCAAUAGCAAGAAUUACCAAAUGUUUCAAUCUAUCUUUGAGAAAUGUUGACCUCAAGUAAUUCUUCAUUUGAGGCGCGAGAAGCUUCUUUCACCAGAUUACACAAUUACGGCUAGUGCAUAAUGCCGUUUUUAUAUAUCGCGCGUAGGAUUGGCGUUUUUCAUAUUGAAUGACACCCCAAAAUGACAACUUUUGUCUAUAUAUUUCCGAAUAUUUUAAGGAUUUUUUCGUUUAUUUGUAAUUUCAGGAGAUUUCCAGGAGCCCAUGGUAAAUUGACAGGAGGGCGCGGGAAAUCUGUUUUAAGUUAUAAAAUGGUUUAAUUUAAUAAUUUGUACACCUUGAAUUAGCGCGGGUCCUAUGAUAGUGCGGAGCCCCCUGCGGUCGCAUAGGUUGCAGUGGCCUAAGGCCGGCCCUGCAAAAUAGCGGCGUAUGCUACGCCGCCGGUCGACUGCAAGAAAUAAUCAUUAACAAUUUUUGAAUGAAUAAUACCGUUGUUUAUUGGCGAAAUAAUGCACAAAUGACAAAUCUCGAUUCAUAUCGCUUCACGUCGCGCUUUCUGUGCAGCAAAAGCAUCUAUAACAUCAUCUACAUCGAUACUAGUAUGUGUGACACCACUGACAUUAAGCCAUGCUGCUAAGCCUUUCUUGCGUCACUGCGCUCCUGAGAUAGUUUUUGAUGAACUUGAGCUUUGAGAAUAAUCUCUCACAUGAUGCAUUGGAAGUGGCCUGAGCUAGCAGUAUUCGGAUGGAGGUUGCAAGGUUUGAGCACACAUUAUUACCAUAUAAAGCCAGCUUCCUCAAUAUGUCAAUUAGUGAUUGUGGCAAUGCUUUGUUGAUGAAAAGUGCACGUGCAUCAAUGACAUCAUUGAACAUGUAACAGGAAAAAAUAACACGUUUUCAUCAGCGCGUCAUCAUUUAUAGACUCUAAAAGGUGUUUUGGUUCAAGAAGAAACCCAAAGGUGUCCACGUGGUUUUCCAGCCUUUGGAAUCUGUCCUUUAUCUCCAUAUGAAGUCUGUCCAGCACUUCUGUAGCAACACGUUUGAAUUGCAGUUCUAUUGACAGUCCUAGAUCAGAACUCAACGCCCCAUCAAGUCUUUUCUUUCUUCUGGUUAUUUUGAUUACGGGAACUCCAUAGCAUUCACUACCUUCUUUUGCUUUUUAGAUGGAUUGGGUGAUCAGUUUCGUCCGGUUCUCAUCAUGUUGCAGAAAGCAUGAAAGCGUUUUAAUCUCUUCAGCAGCUUCCCUGUGCAGUUCAGACUUUGUAGUUUAUUCUGAACUAUAUUAAUUGGUCGCAGGGGGUUUGACCAGAACUCCAGAUAAGCAAAUAAUUCAUAAUUUUCCACUGCAUAAAGAAGAUUUUGUGCACUGCUUCUAGUGUCCAUUCUUUAAAGUGUUGAUUCAGAAAGUUUCUUCAACAGCUUGAUGAUUUUGUCGAGAUGCAAGGAAAAUGCCGACGUAGCUUCUUUCUCUGCAGAGAUUUAAGUCCAGUCUAUUGUCUUUUAGAGUUUGCAGAACAAGUUCUCCAUAAUGUUGUCCAUCAGGUUUCAAAAUUUCCAAUUAACCAAUGAAUGACUCUUUUAUUUCGAAAUUAUCAACAUCCAAGUAACGAACUAUUAGAGAUACCUGUUCUUGAUGAGAAACAUCUGGGGUGGAAUCAAGCAUAAGAGAAAUAUAACAAAUUUCUUGACUUUCCAACAAUUGAUUCCCUAACUUAUUGCCCAUCAAGUUAAAAAAACUCAUUUUGAAUUUCUGGUGACAAAUAAUAUGUCUUCCCAUAUUCGAUUCUAUGUAAACUGGUGUUUUGUAACUUCAUCAAAUUCUGCAAGAAGUUUCAAAGAUGCUAGGAAGUUCCCAGGACUGUGUAAAUUCAGUUUUUCGUUGUGACAACGUAAGCUUGAGUUUGUUUUGCAAAGUACUUAAUAGCUGCUGCUACACGAUUCAGAAUAUCCCUGUGGUGGACCUUCUUCAUGUUCUUUCAGUCUCUCAGGUUUCUUCCAUUUGGUGAAACCAACUCCAGGUUUGCUCAAUACACUAGAUGUCUUUUCUGAUGCCUCUGAAAACAGUAAGCAUGCAAAACAAAAAGAGAAGAGAAGCCAAGAUCGGUUGUAUUUUUUUCCUUUUGGAAGCUUUCUAGUAAACCAUGAUGUCAAACUUUGUGAUUUAUUUUGGCUGGAAACAAUACCGUUCAUCUUUGUUUUGAAAAAAUAAUCUACCUUUUAACACAAUCUUUGCUCGCAGUUCCUUAGAUAAAAUUCCAGGCUGAAUAUACAUGAAGUCUUUGUACUUAAUAACAGCUUCUUCUACUUCUGGAGAAAGUGAUUUUGGAAGACCAACUCUUGACUCCUCUGUAUCCCUUACUUCAGAUGUUUUCUCUGAUUGUGGUAAAAAGUAUUCCCCUGGAGUCCCUUCAGCACUACUUCUCUCAUCAAGAGACAUUUUCACUUCUUCGACUGCUGUAUCUUUGUAUGAAUCAUCUGAAUAGUGAUACUUUUCUUUGACACGUUCAUGGUCUUCUUUGUUUUCAGUGCUCUUAUCAGGUUUCUGCUUUAAUGAUAGAUAAGGAUGAUGAAAUAAAUUACCCUAUACUAAAUUACUUCCUGAGAGUAACACGGCACUAGUCAGAGCUAUGGAAGUUACUCCUUGAAAUUGAGAGUAACCCCGCACGUAAAGAGUUAACAUUCUCUGUGGAAUUCAUACAACAGGGUCACUUACUUAUAUAACAACGUCUAAAGCAAGAUUACAUGACAGUGACGUAAUAUUUAAUUUAUUUAAAAACAAAUUUCGGACACUCAUUUGGGGCCCCUCUCAAGUGGGAGAUCUUCAGAUUCUCCUCCCCUCACCCUAGCUACGCCACUGACUCGUACAUAACACUUGAGGACUCCGCCAGGACCGACUUUAUGGUCGACUAACAGUCCCGGCUCCUCUCUCUCCUGUCUUGAACUGCUCUGCCUUACACACUCUGUCUCUGGUCCACGCAGGCUUGCGAUCACAUGACCAUAACACGGGUCAUAUUUGCGUGUAAUAGCAUUACUUUCCCUUGUCCAUCGACAGCCGUUGACCUGAAUGAUUUACCUGAGUCACAUGUGUCAGCUGAACCUACAGUUAACCCUAACGCGCCGCCAAUAGGGUUAUAACAGUAUUACUAACGACCCAUUUAAAAGGAAUGUGCUUAUUCGAAUGUCGUAUAUCAUAUAGAACUACGUAUAUAUACACACUAUUAUGAAUUCUCGUCUAUUACCUUUACUCCUUAAGGUCCGUCACAAUGAAGCCUUACUCAACAAUGAAUCACAAACAUGACAUCAUCUUACAUAUGGCCUUCGGGCGAAUCCUUUACGUCACUGGGUGGAUCAUCUAUAUUAUAAAGUAGAAAGUAAGGCGUAUAUCUGUAUGUAUGUAUGUAUGUGCCGAAUAGAAAUCAAAACCGUUUGACCAAUCUUGAAAACAUUUGGCAGAAAUGUUCCUUGGGUACUAACUUAGACCCGUAGUGUAUGUAUUGUAGCCCUAAAACAAACUUAAGUGACCCUCAAAAAAAGUUGACCAACUCUAUUAAACUAUUAAUAUUUAAUAAAUCUAGGCCAUGUGUAUCAUGGUUACAUGGGAGAAGAUCGAAAGGAUCUAGAUAUAGAUCUAAUUUUAAAACUACACUUUGCACAAAUAGUUUUUUACUUUGACACACAAAAAUUACAAAAUAUAGUCUAUUGAUUUCAUUAUUGAAUAAAAUUAAGCUGUAAAUUUGUCUUUCAAAAGCAUUUUUACAUAAAUUCGUUCCUUAUAUCUGUUAGAAGGUCUGAUGUACAUUCUUUAGAACUGUUACACAUCUCUCUAUUCCAAGGUCUAAAACUCUAAUUCAACUCUAAGAUGAUAGAACUUUUCUUCGCAAAGAUAGUUUUAUACUUAAACAUAUAAACAUACUAAUUAUAGUCCAUUCAUUUCAUAUUCUAAUCAAAUUAACAUUCAAAUUUGUUUUUCUAAAGCAUUUUUCAUACAUAUGUUUGCUUUAGCUGCAAUGUCGUGUUGACAGACUAUCUAAUAUUUUCAUUCAUGUGUCGCGCAAACCUUACAUGCGCAGUGAAAACACGCUGUGAUUGGACAGGCAAAUGAGGCUCUAUAUGGGUGAUAUUAAAUAUACUAACAUAAAAUAAUUAAUAAGCUUAUUGAACCUUAAAUUCAACCUUAAACUGAUAGAUUAAGAAUGUUUAGUGAAAGUAGAUGUAUUUUAUUUACUUUAAACAAAUGAAUCUAAGUUUAAUCUAGGUCAAAAACUAUAUUAGACUCUAGAUCUAGGCCUACAUCUCAAUAUAUAUGCAAGCAAAUCUUAUAACAUUAUUAUUUUGUUUAAUUGUUUGUAAUUAUUAUUAUAGCUUUUAUAUAGCGCUACUUUAAUGCGUAUAGAAUGCCCAGAUCAUUAUGGUCCAUUCACAUUUGUUUCCGUACUGCCUUUAGGUGCUCAGUAAACACAGCUCAACUCGAGUCGGGUGUCGAGCCUCGAGCCCCCUUUAUAGGUAGCCAAGCCAAAUUCAAGUGUACUCAGCUUCUCGACCACGCUUCCCACAAACUAUUCUAAUGUACUAUAUCAGUAACACGCAUAUUGAGACCCGCGGGCCGCGGGUAAUAUAUGGCUAGUUGAGAAUAAAAUACAGAAGACAAAUAUAUAAACUAGAUCAAGAUUGCCAACUAUGGACGUCGGGCAAUAUUCGGCCCGUAACGGGUUGAAACUUCUACCACAAUACAGUAAAUUGGAACGAAAAAAUAUAGAAAUUAACAUGAGUAGCGUUGAGGCAGAAACCGAUGGAUUCGAUAGAAUUCAUUCUGUAAUGUUCAAUCGUCUUUAUACAAUAGUUUCAUAUGUUCAAGUCUUUAUACAAUAGUUUCAUAUUUUCAAGAAGUCUUUAUACAAAAGUUCCAUAUUUUCAAGAAGUCUUCAUACAAUAGUUUCAUAUUUUCAAGAAGUCUUUAUACAAUAGUUUCAUAUUUUCAAGAAGUCUUUAUACAAUAGUUUCAUAUUUUCAUGUCUUUAUACAAAAGUUCCAUAUUCUCAAGAAGUCUUUAUACAAAAGUUCUAUAUUUUCAAGAAGUCUUUAUACAAUAGUUUCAUAUUUUCAAGUCCUUAUACAAAAGUUCCAUAUUCUCAAGAAGUCUUUAUACAAAAGUUCCAUAUUUUCAAGAAGUCUUUAUACAAUAGUUUCAUAUUUUCAAGUCCUUAUACAAAAGUUCCAUAUUUUCAAGAAGUCUUUAUACAAUAGUUUCAUAUUUUCAAAACAGCUUUAGUUUUAGUUUCGUUUUUUUUUAUAUCCACUAGUUGACCCUAACCCUUUACUUCUUGUGAUGGACAUAAGGCACCCAUGCAACAAUUUCAAAUUUUUUUUGUCGAGGACAUUGGAGAGCUGAGUGUAGAGAAUACCAAUAAAAGUAGAUAUUCUUACUUUCUAUGAACGGAGUAAAAACAAACCAUUUUGGUUUACCUUUAUCUUUACAUUUACAUAUCCCUUAGUCAGUCGGGGCACCAUGCAAGAUUCGUCGACCGUCUCUCUCCAUUCCUGUCUGUCUUUUGCCUUAGUUGGAACCUCUUUCAAUGGCAGGCCCGUCCAUUAUUUUAUGUUGUCCGCUGUCUGCCUCUUCUUAUUUUUCCUGGUUUACAAAAUGUUUUUAAGGAACCACAUUUUGAAGCACAUCACAAGUAAGGCUGCAUCUUUGGUUUGAGUUAAAAAGGGAAAAUUGAAAAGAUUUGUAAGAAUGGGCUUUGUUGCUCACAUGAAAUUUAUAUAAGUGUCAGACGCGAAUAGCUCAAAUUUUCAGUAAAAGAAAUUACAAAAGUCAUUUCUCUAUAGAAGAAGUUACGAAAGUUAUAUAAUAUAAAUAAAAACCACAGACCUAUAUAUACUUCAAUAAAUAUAGGUAUUUACUCUCUAUUUACAAUUUAUUUAGGUAGGUGCUGUUUUACUAUUACACACUAAGUAUCAGAUUUUAGAAAAACCCAGGUUCUUUUUUUUUGUGUAACGCCAUUCGCUAACAUAUAGAUCUAAAUUACAUCUCUUUAUUAGUACAAUUAAAUCUAUAUAUUAAAAUCUGUAUGAAUCCUUUGGUAAAAUAGUAGAUCUAGAGCAACUUAUUAUAAAUGAGAUUAGUAGAUUAUGUUAAUAAAUUAAGUGGAAUAGAUCUAUUGUUCUAGAAUUUUAGAAUCUACUUUUUUUUUUUUUGGCCUCUCUUACAGCACAGCAGACAAACUUACAAAAGUCGUCAAGUCGCAAUAGUUUAGAAAUCUAGAUUCUAUCUUGAGACUAGAUUGUCACUAGUCUAGAUUUAGCUAUACCUGACUAAAGCUUAUUAAUUAGGAUAGGCCUACAUCUACUAUCUAGAUUAUUCUAUAUUGAGUGUAUAUCUAUAUCUAGAAAAAUUCUAUAGCUAGUCUAGGUCAGACUCAGUAGAUCUACUAUCUAUACAAUAUUGAAUAUACUUCUACUUAUAUAUCUAGCCUACGUUUCAACGCCAAGACCUAAUAUACCAAUAUAAUAAUAGUAAGGCUUGUCAUCAAGUCCGUAGAUUCAUGAGGAAUUCAAUAUUUCCCGUCGAUACGCAGCCUCAGCUGUCACCUACAUAUUUUCCCACAACCAUGGCAAGCAUAACCAUUGUCCGCCUGUGGUCGAUUAAGAUUUUCUUUUUGCCGUCUGCGUCUAUCCUCGGUAGCAGAUUUUCUUUUGGUCUCAAAUGCGCAUUCCGCGGCCUUUGUGAGUGACCUCAAGCUGUCUGUCUCGUUCUGAGACCGCAUGCAACCAGGUGCUCUCUACUAUGUCUUCUAUGGCAAGUAAGCGGCUUAUCUCGUCUUUAAAACGUUUCCGUGGGGCACCUCUGUUUCGUCGACCAUCUUUUAGUUCACCAAAAAAGCUGCUUUUGGCAUACGUUCGUCCCCCAUACUGGGUACGUGCCCUGCCCAGGGUAACUGUCGGACCAUAAGUCCCUCUAUACUAGUCUAUACUGUCCAUACCGGCGUUCGCAAGGACAUCGCAGUUUGUAGUGCUGUCUGCCCACCUUAUGUUUAUGAUGGAGCUUAAGCGUCUUUGGUGAAAACGUUCAAGUAGUCUUAGUAGUCUCUGUAUAACUUGUCGACCGGUGGCGUAGCAUACGCCGCUAUUUUGCAGGGCCAGCCUUAGGCCACUGCAACCUAUGCGACCGCAGAGGGCCCCGCACUUUCAUAGGACCCACGCUAAUUCAAGGUGUAUAAAUUAUUAAAUUAAACUAAUAACUAAAAACAGAUUUCCUGCGCCCUCCUGUCGAUUUACCAGGAGCUCCUGGAAAUCUCCCGAAAUGACAAAAGAUACGAAAAAGUCCUUAAAAUAUACGAAAUAUAUACGCGCGAUAAAUAAAAACAACAUUAUGCAUUAGCCGUAAUUGUGUAUGAGCUAGCAGGGCGCAAGAGAAGUUCCGUUAUGACCAUUUCUUUUGUUUUUUGUAUGGGAUAGUAGACGUCAAAGAUUGCCGUCCGAACAAAACGUGAUGUCGAUGCCUUCGUGCAAUCGCUGGUCAGAAUCAUACAGUAACCAUUGUCCGUGUCGAAAGCCUUGGUGAGGUCCACGAAGGCAGCAUAUGUAUAUGUUUAUAUAGUAUAAUAGACUUGAAUGUAGCUAAAAUUAAGACUAAGUCUAAGACUCUAGAUCUAGACGGCCUAGAGUACCAGUAAAUUUAUCUUAGAUGAUCUUAGAUUCUAUUUCUAAUAUAUUUAUAACCUAGAUAUAUAUACUAGAAGUAGAUCUAUACUGAUUCUAUAGUUACAAUUUGAAUUCAACGUGAAUAUUUAUGAUUAUAUAGAUACACAUUAUAACUAGAUUUGAUAGAUUUUGACAAGGCAUGCGUGAGAUCAAUUUUUUAAAGCAACUAUAAUUAAUGGACUUCAUCUAAAAUAAGUUCAUUCAUAUAUUCACAUGCGAUUUUUUUUUUAUUUAUAAGCUUAUAUUAGCAUUAUUUUGGACCAAUGUCUCACAACGGCUGAUAAGAGAAAUCAGGUAUAAACAUCAGAAAACACGACCCCUUAACUCAAGAAAACAUUAAGAAAUUAAAACAGAAACCAAAUAGACAGUGAGGUUGAUAACAAAUGAAUAUUCACAAUUGAUUAUAGUAACACCUUUUUAAAAAUCAUUAUAAGUUUUAAAAUCACUAUUUUUAUUUCUACGAUUAUUUUUGUGUGGGAAAUUGUGUAUCGGAAAAUGCCGGGUACUUGAAGUAAGCUAGUCCUAAAAAAAUACAAAGAUCUUGGGUAAAAGACUCAUCAAAUAAAGUACUGUGUAGUUUCAAGCGCUUGUUUCAGGUCUUUUCUUUUUAUACCCUCUAUUGGGUUUGAUCCCAACCACCCGUAUUUUUGUGCAGAAUUUUUUUUUCUUAAAUUAUCUUAAAUUUACAGCCUAAUAAUGUCAGUUUAAUUUAGAAUGACAUCUAAAAAAUGCAAAAGAUAUAUAAGGAAAAAGGUACUUCCGGCUCAAUUUCUAAUCCUAGUUUUAAAUCAAAGAAACGAAACGCAUAAGAGUAACAAAGCCCAUUGUAGGCUUAUCAAGCCGAUAAUAUGUCUAUUAUUAUCCAAUGAAACUCUUCCUGUAUAUACAUAUAUAGAGAUAGAUAGAUAUAUAGAUAGAUAGAUAGAUAGAUAGAUAGAUAGAUAGAUAGAUAGAUAGAUAGAUAGAUAGAUAGAUAGAUAGAUAGAUAGAUAGAUAUAGAUAUAGAUAUAGAUAUAGAUAUAGAAAGAUAGAUAGAUAAAUAAAUACAUAGAUAUAUCGUAAUUGUUGCAAAAACAAAUACGUCAGAUCUACCUCCACCGGCUCUAAAGCCACAUAGGCUCUCAGAUAUCAUCUCGUACUCUAAAGUUAGUUAGUCGGUCAAGAUUCGAGUAAAGAUUUUAGAUUUUGUUCUGCUACUCACAGAAGUGUAAUGCCUCGAUAGUUGGAGCAGCUAGAGGUCUCUCACAAAGGCUGCGGGAAACACAUUUGAGACCAAACGAAAAUCCGCUGCCGAGGACAGACGCAGACGGCGAAAAUAAAAUCUGAAUCAAGCACCGGCGGUUAUGCUUGCCGUGGAUGCAAAAUAUGUAGGUCACAGCUGCGGCUGCGUAUCCACGAGAAAUACUGCAUUCCUCAUAAAUCUUUGGACUCGAAGACAAGCCUUAUUAUUAUUAGAUAGUGGAACCAUCCCAAGAUUUUAUCAGCGACUUAGUCUGGUAAGGUGUGCCACUCGUAGAAAGAGCGUGUGUCACCAAUGUCUCUUCAUGUUUACGGACAGUUCAAACCAUUUGGGUUUUUUUUUUUAGUUCCCUGACCUUUUUCUGCAGAGUGUGACAAGAAGCUUUAUAUAGAAAUUUGGCUGCAUUGUCAUUAGGAUUAGCAAAAACAGAUCGAUAGCAGUUGGGCUUUUUCUUUAGCAGCUCUUGAAUUUCAACCUUGAGUAGUCCUAUGAAUCGCUCUGGUACGUCAGCAAGCUAUUUAUGUAUCUACAUCUAUUACAUAGACCAGCUAGGCUUCGAUCGGAUAAAUGUUUUAUGAAAAGAGAGAGGGACAGAGGUUAAAUCCUAUUGUCGCCACACAAUCCCAGAAUAAACUUUACCCCCAAAAUGUUUGUUGUUGUUGUUGUUUUUUUAAAUAUUUUUAGAUACAAAGAAAGAAAACAUGUAUAGAUAAUAGAUUGUUACACAAAAGUGAAAUGGGAAUCAAUUUUAUGACAAAGCUUAUAUCAACUCACUUUGUUGGUCUGGUGCAAUUUGUGUACACGUUAUUUCUCCCACACCCAGCCUCCGAUCAAGUUGUAAAUUUACACAAUUAUUUGUUGAAUCUAACAAAAUAUGAAUCAAUCAGAAAAUUAACUUAUUAGUUAAUUAAUCAUUGUUAAUUAUUUUGUUUGGUAUCGAAAAAAGGAAAUAAAUGCUACUUAUUAAGUGAUGUGGCUGUAUAUGUGGUGUUAUUUUCCUCAUUAUGUUUUGUAGACGUUUUUCCCUCAAUAACCAUUCUCGAAUCAAGUUCAAAUUUUGCAAAACUAUUAGUAGUCUAUGACAGUAUUGUCAUAAUCAAUCGAUAAAAAAAUCAAUUAUUAAAUCAAUUAAUGGUCAUUAAUUAAUUUUGUUUUAUAAGGAAAAAAAAAGAAGCCUAGUGCUGGCAGUGAUUUUUGCAGUUAUUUCCCUUAGAUAACCGUUUUAAAAAGUGUUUAUGUUUUUCUUAUAUUAGUUAUUUGGCCUCAUUCAGUCGUAGUACAAAUAUCGUUCAUCUCCUGGAACACUUUUUCAUGGAGAGACACUCCCGUUCACAUAUAUCACAGUUUAAGGUGGCUUUCGCUUUGGCGGCUAUUAUUCGUAUGGCACGCUUUUCUUCCAUAGCUUAGACUCUUAGACCAAGGGUGGGCAAAAUAAGACACGCGGGAGCGCUAUAUGCGGCCCUCGAACACUUACAGAAAUUAUGUGUGCCGACAGAGCAUAGAUAUGAAAAUGCAAAUAUAGUAAAAAUAAGUAAUUUAAAAUAUCUAUCUAAAUUAUUGAAACUUCUAAUUCUUACGAUGAAGAGAUUAACAACGUUGUCUAUUAUUGUCUCUACAUGUCAUUCUAAGACAAAUGAAGAACACAGAGAUUAUUCUAAUAGGCAAUAUGACAAGACAUUCAGUCAAAGGUGCAAACUCAGGUCAGCAUUUAUUCAAUGCUAUGAAGAUCUGUGUUGAAAGUCCUUGGUUGGCAUGCAACAAGAUGGCGAGUUUAACAGCUGAUGAAAUCGUGUUUUGACUGAGAAUAACAUUAAGCUGUUAAAAAAAAAUUUAAUAACAAUAUCCCAAUCAUAAAAUCUUACAUUUGCACUGGAAAGUUUGCGCAAAGCAGCAUUUAAUAUCAUUGACCCAAUCAUCACAGUGAUUAAACCAAUAGUAGCUAAGGGCCUUAACCACUGGGAGUUCCGAAAAGUACUUAAAGAUUUGGAAACAAAACAAUCAAAGAAUCAAAGUCUUGUAUAUUUCAGCAAAGGAAAAUGACAAAACCAGUUUUCCCUGGCUUGCCUAGAGAAAUGGGGAAGCAUUAUUUGAAACAAAUUAACAUACACAUACAUUUCAGUUGCAAGCAACCCAUUUGCGAUAUUGUCAAUGUCAAACAAAAAGUCUACUGUCAAUGGCAAACAAAAAGUUUGUUUUUCACUAUUCUUAUCUUAUAUAAUACAGACGCCACUUCAAAAAAGAAGAUGAUUACGUCCUACGCGUCAUGCAAAUUAACCAAUGACUUAAAUUCUGCCAAGUCACUGGUUUUCCUGGCUAGCUCAGGCAAUCUAUUCCAUACUCUAAUAGCACUAGAGAAGAAGGAGUAUUUGUACAAAUUUGUCCUAGCAUAUGGGACGAAGAAUGUGCCUUCAACUCUGUCAACCAAGGACUUUCAACACAGUAUUUUAUUAAAUUUUGUUUUUGUAUUUGAAGAUUAUGGUUUAAUGUUUAAUGUAUAAUUGCUACUUUACUUUUGAGUCUUCUGUCCUGAAGGCUUUCUAAAUUUAGUGAUUUUACUAAAGGUGUUACUCUAGUCAAAUGUGAAUAUUCGUUUGUUAUGAAUCUCACUGCUCUAUUUUGUGUCUGUUCCAGUUUCUUAAUGUUUUCUUGAGUUGAGGGGUCCAAACGGAGGCUGCAUAUUCUAUUAUUGGCCUAACCAAGGUUAAAUAACAUUUUAGUUUUAUGUUCUUAUUUGAUUUAUAGAAAUUUCUUUUAAUAAACCCUAAUGCUUUGUUUGAUUUUAUUUUUAUAGUUUCAUCGAUAUGUUGAUUCCAUGACAGUUUUUCAUUUAUUAUAACACCUAGGUAUUUUGAGUUUUUUAGUCUGUGUUACUGGUUUGCCAUGAAUAAGAUAAGUGAAAUUAAUUUGUUUUAGUUUUUUUGUUACUCUUAACAACUGACAUUUUUCUGGGUGGAAAGACAUGCUCCAAUUUGAUUCCCUUUUCUGUAAUUCAUCUAACUCUCUUUGUAAAAUAUCUGUGUCUUGUGUUGUUUUUAUUGUUCUAUAUAUUAUGCAAUCGUCUGCAAAUAAUCUGACUUUUGUUCCUGAAGUAAUGCAAUAUGGUAAAUCAUUUAUGUAAAUUAAAAAUAGUAGUGGACCUAAGACUUUUCCUUGAGGUACACCUGAGUUUACUGUUAUCUGUGUUGAUUUAGAGCCAUUUAUUAUUACAGUUUGUUCUCUCCCUAUCAGAAAAUUUUUAAUCCACUGAUGCAAUGGACCAUUAAUGCCGAAAUAUUUAAAUUUUUUAAGCAAACUAUGGUGGUGAACUUUAUCAAAAGCUUUGGAAAAAUCUAGUAAGAUAGUAUCUAUUUGUUCACUAUUAUCUAACCCUUUGGAAAAUCAUCAAUUAGUCCUAUUAGUUGUGUUUCACACGAUCUAUAUUUCCUAAAGCCUUGUUGGUAUGGGGUGAGGACAUUAUGCUUGUCUAAGUGGUUUAUGAUGUUGCUACAUAUUAUGUGUUCUAGGAUUUUACAUGUGAUGCUGGUAAGUGAUACUGGUCUGUAGUUUCCUGGGUCAGAUUUUUCUCCUUUUUUAAAUAGGGGGGUGACUGUGACAGGUGGGGAAAUGUGACGUGUGUUUGGCGCGUUUAAUGUCUAGGGGAUGAUUAUUUUUAAAGCUAUCACACACCAACCUAUCAACAUAAGAAUCGGGAGCAAGCACGCAACGAGACAAGCAAUGAAAGAUAGAUACAAAAGUUUAAAAUGAAGAAUAUUUAUUUACAUCUCUAAUUAAUAAUGUAUUUUGAUCAUCCCUCUUGCACUUAAUAAGAGAGUAUGUCACUUUGUCCUCUGACUUAGCUAGUAUGGGGUGAGGACAUUAUGCUUGUCUAAGUGGUUUAUGAUGUUGCUACAUAUUAUGUGUUCUAGGUUUUUACAUGUGAUGCUGGUAAGUGAUACUGGUCUGUAGAUUCUUGGGUCAGAUUUUUCUCCUUUUUUAAAUAGGGGGGGGGUGACAUUAGCUUCUUUCCAGUCCUUUGGUACUCUGCCCUGGUUAAGCGAUGCCUGAAAGAGUAUUUUGAACACUGGGGCUAGCUCAUUGCUUAGUUCUUUGAGUAAUCUAGCUGGAAUAUCAUCAGGUCCAGAAGCUUUAUUUGGUUUGGUGUUGGCUAAUAGUUUUUAGAUUCCAUUUUCUUGUACUACUAUAUCUUCUACUUGGUUCAAAUUAAGUAAUAUGUCUUUGUCUCAUAGGGUUGAGAAUGCUGAUGCAAAGUAUUUGUUUAGGAUGUUUGCUUUAGUUUCAUUAUCAUUAUGUAUUAUGUUAUGUUCAUCUUUUAAUGGCGCUAUACUUGACCAUAGGUUUUUGUUGUUAUCUUUAGAUAUUACAUUGUUUAUGUAUUCACUCUGCAGCUAUCUGCUUACUUUUUGGUUAGGUCUUUAAUUUUUAUAUACUUUUUGUAAACUCUUUCUGCCUCAGUUUUUUUUAAUUUUCUAUAUAGGUUUUCCUUCUGUUUACAAAGCUUCUUUAGUCUAUUAUUAAACCAGCAUUUAUUUAUAUGGCAGAAUGGUGCCACAUUGGUAUAUGAUUUUCUAUAAUGCUUUUAAGAUGGUUUUUAAUGAAAUUCCAGAGGUCAUUGACUGUUUGGUUAAUGUCUUUUCCUAAUAAGAAUGUUUGUUGAAAGUUUAAUGCAGCUUGGUGUAUUUGUGUUAGGUUACAUUUAUUCUAGAGUAUGAUUUUUAGAAGUAUUAUUAACAAAGUCACAGUCUCAAUGAAAAUACAAUUUCUUCCUAAAAAUCCCAUAUUCUUCUCGACACCUUGCCCCUGCUAAGCCAGCGGAUACUGCUGUGGUACAAAUAAUUAUUUAUGCAAGCAGAUGUUUCAAAAAAUUACACCACUUUUAAAUGAAAAAUUCAGGGGAAGUCAGUCUUAUUAAAAAGUUCACAGGCUUCUUCAUUAAUAAAUCAAGCUUAUUCAUAGAUUCGCGCAUUGGUACAAACAUAAAUUGCAUUUAAGGUCACAACUGAAAAAGUAUCAGUGGUUCAUUAUAAAAUAUAUUUUCCUUUUAUUAACUAUCUCAAGGAAUAGAAUAUUGAUUCAAAUUUUGUGUA